UUCCGACUUGCAUAAUAACUGCGGCGGCGCUAUUUAAAAAGCGUCAGAGAGGAGGUGCCUGGCCACGCCCCUCUCUUCCAGUUCCGCUCCCUUGGAUGAGCUGCGAGGAGGGGGGCGGAGCCUUAGGCCUGAGCCAAGAUGGCGACUGCGAAGCCAACCCCCACGGACUCGCUCUCGUUCUGCCUCGCGCAGCUCACGGCGGCGGCCGGGGAGGGUCUAGGUGGGGGAAAGGACACAGCUACCAACGAGACACCCUUGGGCCGUGCACUCCUAGCCCUCCGCACGCGCCACGUCAAGGCAGCGGGGGGAAUCGAGCGCUUCCGGGCACGCGGCGGGCUCCGCCCCCUCCUUGCUACGGAAGGGGCGUGCCGGGCUGAAGUGCGCAGACUCGGGGGCAUUCUCCCAUUGGUGACCAUUCUUCAGUGUGUGAAGACAGACAGCAUCCAGAACCGAACAGCCCGUGCUCUGGGGAACUUAGCCAUGGAACCUGAGAGCUGUGGGGACAUCCACUCUGCUGGUGCUGUCCCCCUGCUCGUUGAGAGCCUGACGGCCUGCCAGGAUUCACAGUGCCGGCAGAGUGUGGUUCGUGCCCUUCGCAACCUGGCAGAUUCACCCCAGCACCGCCUGGCCCUAGCGCAGCAGGGAGCGGUGCGCCCACUGGCUGAGCUUCUGGCCGCUGCCCCAGACCCUGCACUUACCUUGGCCUUAGUCCGUGCCCUCCUGGAGCUGAGUCGAGGCUGCUCCCGGGCCUGUGCUGAGCAGCUAAGUCUGGGUGGGGGACUUGGCCCACUGGUCGGCCUGGCCUCCCACCCCAAAAGAGCAGUGCGUGAGGCAACUAUCCUGAUCCUUGCCAACCUGUGUGCCCAGGGCCUGGUGCGGCCUGCUCUGGGCAAUGCUGGUGGCGUGGAGGUGCUACUAGGUGAGCUUCGGCGGCGUCGGGGCCCCAGCGGGGCCAGCCCCGCCUCCCAGCAGCCCCUGGUGCGGGCUGUGUGUCUGCUGUGCCGGGAGGCCAUCAACCGGGCCCGACUGCGGGAUGCUGGUGGUCUGGAGCUGCUGAUGGGCCUGCUGCGGGAUCCUCGCGCCAGCACCUGGCACCCUCGUGUUGUGGCCGCCCUUGUGGGUUUCCUCUAUGAUACUGGGGCCCUGGGCCGGCUGCAGGCUCUGGGACUUGUACCUCUCCUGGCUGGGCAGCUGUGUGGUGAGGCUGGUGAUGAGGAAGAAGAGGGAAGAGAAGCUGCUUCCUGGGACUUUCCUGAGGAGCGGACCCCUGAGAGAGCAGAGGCUGGAAGCUUCCGAAGCCUCAGCUGGCCGGCCGUGAGGACCCGGCCUGCUCGUCGCAGCCAGCACCAGCACCAGCACCGGGAGCUGGGUGAAAUGCUGCUGCAGAACCUGACCGUGCAGGCUGAAUCGCCCUUUGGAGUGGGUGCCCUCACUCACCUGCUGCUCUCUGGGAGUCCCGAGGACCGUGUAGCCUGCGCACUGACCCUGCCCUUCAUCUGUCGGAAGCCUUCUCUGUGGCGCCGGCUACUUCUGGACCAGGGCGGCCUCCGUCUCCUCCUCUCGGCACUCACUCGGCCAGCUCCGCAUCCGCUCUUCCUCUUCUUUGCUGCGGACUCCCUGUCCUGCCUCCAAGGCCUGGUGUCUCCCACCGUGAGCCCAGCCCUCCUACCUGCAAUUCCCUUGGACCUAGACCCACCCUCCCCUUGCCUCUAUGAACCUCUGCUGGGCCCAGCCCCUGUCCCAGCCCCUGACCUCCACUUCCUACUGGACUCAGGCCUCCGGCUCCCUGCCCAGCGAGCCACCUCUGCCACCGCCUCCCCCUUUUUCCGGGCCCUGCUAGCUGGCAGCUUUGCCGAAGCUGAGAUGGAUUUAGUGCCACUUCGAGGCCUGUCACCCAGUGCAGCCUGGCCCAUCCUGCAUCACUUGCAUGGCUGCCGGGGCUGUGGGGCUGCCCUGGGGCCUGUUCCUCCGCCAGGCCAGCCCCUGCUGGGCUCAGAGGCUGAGGAGGCCCUGGAGGCUGCUGGCCGUUUCCUGCUGCCUGGGCUGGAGGAGGAGCUGGAAGAAGCCGUGGGCCGCAUCCACCUGGGACCUCAGGGUGGCCCAGAGUCCGUGGGUGAGGUAUUCCGCCUGGGCCGGCCCCGGCUGGCUGCCCACUGUGCUCGCUGGACACUGGGGCCAGGGCAGUGCCCACGGAAGCGAGCCCUGGCCCUAGUGGGGCUUGUGGAGGCAGCAGGCGAAGAGGCAGGGCCCCUGACCGAGGCUUUACUGGCUGUGGUGAUGGGGUUAGAACUGGAGGGCAAGGGUCCUAGCCUAGACUGUUGAUGUCCCCUGGGAGGAGACCCGAGGAUGAGUUGGCUAUGAAGGAGGUCCCCCUCAGAGUGGCACAGGAGGAGGCUGAGCAGAAGGAGUCACCGGUAAGGACCUGUGAGAGGAUGGACCUCAACCCUGGUUGAUGGUCUGAAGACUCAGGAGUGAGAAGCUAAGGCCAGGGGCUGGGCAUGGGGCCCACAAGAUGAAGAACAGCCCAGAGCCCCAGACACCUGGCCUGGCCCGGCUUUCUGGAGUUGGAAUUAAAAACUUUGGAGAUGGGCU